AAGACAAGAUGGCGGACGAACUAGAAGUUAGCACCACAGAUAACUCUGAUAAGACCAAUCUAUGUCGUAAUUUAGAUGAUCAGGUGUCUGCAGAUGAAGAGGAUCAGGUGAAAACCCUGAAGUACAAUUUGGAUGGAUGGAAGAAGGUUUUACAUCCAUUUUAUUCUAUACUGAUGUGGGAGCAGCCUUACUAUCCUGCGAUUCUUGCAGUCAUGGUCACCCUUGAAUUUAUCCUUCUGUGGUAUUUUGAACCCUCACUUCUCACCACUUUAUCACUGCUGGGAGUUACUGUGUGUGUAGCAGAUUACGCAGUUCCCAUCGUAUGUGUCACAUUCUUUGAUGCUACUAAAUGGACUGAUGCAGAAGAAAGAAAGUUUGAAGAAAUUUGCAAGUCGGUGAUCUUAGUAAAGCAACAGACUUGUGACUUUUGGACCUCCGUCAUUCAGUUACGAGACACAAAGCCUGUACUUUAUUUUGUGAGCGUCAUGUCUGUCUUACUGCUCGUAGCCUGGAUUGGUAGUGUAAUCAACAACCUGGUGCUUGCUUACUUCCUUGAACUAGGAUUGGUCAUGCUGCCUGGUCUGAAGCAUCAAGGAAUUCUUCAAAACAGCAUCAACCAAGUGAAAAAUAUACUGGGACAGAAAAUCAAGAAGAAUUAAACGUUACAUUGUGUUUGUCCUUACAUUCUGGAAAACGGUCCCGCUACUCACGGUUUACACACUUAUUCAUUGUUUCUUUUUUUAUUAUUCAGCUUUCCGUGUUAACAUUUGUUGAAAGUCUAUGUAAUUAUUAUAUGAAGUUUAAUAGUCAAGUGUUUCUCAAAGUUUUAUUCAUCUUGUGAAAACUUCAGCACGUUUGCUAAAGGUAUUUUCAGACUUCACAUUUAUUCAGAAUACUGCACUUGUUUUAAAGCAGAUUAACACGUUAUAAAGCAGUUCUGACAUUUCAAAAACUGCAGUAAAUAGUUUCCAGUGUUGCUUGUGACCUUUCAAGAACUAACGCAUGAUUGUCUCGUACAGAAACUGAUGUGGACCAACUACCAUCACAUGUACAAUUAGGUACGAGCUGUAGCACAAUUUGAUUGGCCAAUACUACCUACGUGGUGCACGUGUAUCACGUUUCAUUAACCUCACGUUUGUUUUUAGGGUUAGUUUUUAAUGCAUUUUAUGCAUGUUUAAUCCAUACAAACACACUUUUAUGUGUUUACUGUCCAGUAUAUAUAUUAGCUUAUAUGACUGAUAUGAAAAGGAAGAACUUCCCAAAUGUAUUUCUACGUAGUUUCAAAUAGAACAUUCAAAAUUUUCCUGACCAGCCAAGCCUCAAGAAUGGUAAAUAUUAAAUAAUAAAGACAAAAGUAACUGAAAAAAUAAGUAUUGUAAACUUUUAUUUUUAUUAUUACACUUGAAGGUAAAGUUUUAUGGAUGCAUUUCUGUCGAGUUUCGUUACAGUAAUGUCGAUAUAAUGCAUAUUUAUGGGAAAAUUUUUGAAAGCAUUCUACUUAAAUUUUUCUAAACAAGCUCUCUGGUGGCUCAACAUUAAGUCUGUGGGCUUACAACACUAAAAAUGGGUUUCAAUGCCCAUGGUAGGCACAACAGAGAAAGCCAAUUUUUUAGCUUUGCCCUUAGUAACAAAUAAACAAUGCUAAACAAAUUCAAAGAUAAUACAUCUUAAUGUCACAAUAUAUUACCCUUUUGUUAAGUAAUGAGACUCGUACACUGUACUAGAGAAAACUCUCAGCUUUCAAAGGUCAGGUUUUUAAUGAAAUUAAGACUGGUGUCCAGUUUUUCGUGUGUAUACUUAUUAAAUCACUUAACUGUUGUUUAUUGAUAAUGUUAGUUAAUUCUUUAUACGAAAUGUUAUUAAUGAAGUUUCACAAAUUGUAAGUUUGUUUGAACAGUUAACGUAUGUUAAAAUGUCAGCUUUUAACAGGUACACAUUCAGAAACAGAUUAAUAAGGUAUAAGCUACAGUUUUUCAGUGCUGAAGAGAACCUGGUUAUCUUAAAGGAAAAGGCACAAGGCUGGGAAAAGUAUUGUUUAUUUGAGGUAUUGUGUGAAAUUUAUUAAUGUUCCAUGUGCCAUUUUAGGGUUAGUAACACUUACAUACAGGAUACUGGAGAACUUUGAAAAGUGUAUGUAAAUUGUGUUGCCACUUCAGUGAGCUUGUGACCAUGGCUGUAAGGGCAUUAAAACUGUGAUGUUUUUAAUAACGGAUAAUCCAUGCAAUAGUUGUGAUUAUAUAAACUUUGAAAUAUGUAUUAGCGCAAGUAAAUAUGUGGUUAAAUGUUUUCUGGAUUUCUGUUUUUAUAAACCUUCAAGUUUUGUUGUUGUUGUUUUCAUUUAUCUAGCAAAUAUUCAUUUUAAAAAUUGUUCAGUUAAGCCUUGAUUUGUUUGAUAUAUCAUCAAGGAGUAUUGUGUUUAACAAAUCAUCAAGGUGUAUCAUCGGUGUUCAAAAAUUUGAUCAUGUUCUAUGAUUAAUAACGCUAAACAAUUGAUAAGUAAUAAUAAUAAUAAUAAGACCCUACUGUGAUAAUAAACGUAAACAAAAUUGACCAGAAGCCAUUUACUUGGUAUAAAUUUUAUCUGACUAUAGAUGAAGAAUAGAAUGUAUAAUUAAAAGCAUCAGAGUCAUGAAAUCUUAUAUAUAUAUCUAAACGUAAACCAGAGGAUGUGUAGAUUACAUCACCAUUUUAUGUUACUUCAUGUAAAUGUCUGUUAAAUAUAAACUGACCAGGUGAUGGUGAAUGAUGAAAAGUCUUUGUACUGGUACGAAUAUUAUAGUAAUAAUUAUGUUUCGUUAAAAUGUAUUCAUUAUUUUUAGAUAGUUUGUAGUAAACCUGCACAGUAUGAUUAUAACUUACAUUCCAUGUUGAAUAAUUCCUGACCAGUAAUAACUGUAGUCAGAUUUUGUACCUGAAAAUGACAAAAUUUAUUUAAUGAUUGAAACCUGGAAAGGGUGAAAGAUAGAUCAGUUCUGUAUCCCUGAAAAAGUUACAGUGCUUGCUGUAACGUACACGCGAGCUCGACUGUGUGUAGCAUAAAAUUCUGGUAUAAGCAUUCAAAUUACUUUAAUUUGAAAGUCUUGUGUUACCUCAAAAAAAGAAUUUAGUUCCUAAUGACAUCAUACAUAUGCACAGA